AUGUUAAAUGAUUAUAAAAACAUCGAUACUUUUUUACAAAAUUAUUUUAAUUCAGAAAAUAACACUGUACUAUUAACAAUUCACCAGAUGUCAAAAAAUCUUUCACAUUCAAAAGCAUUCUAUAAAUUUUUAAGAAAUAAAAUAAAAAAAUUAAUAAAUUAUCGCAUAAACAGCAUUAACGAAGAAAAUGUUUUUAAAGAAUAUGAAUGGAUAAUUAAUAUGAUACAACUAUUUAAAAAAAUAUUUAGGGAAAUUAAAAACAUAUAUAAGAUAGAAAAAGAAAUACUAUCUUUGUUUAAACACAGAGUGUUAAGCUUAAAGACUUUAUUAAUUAACUUAAUGUCUUCUAAUUAUGUAAACAAGAAAUUUAAUAAUUUUGAUAAAUUUUUACAUAUUAAUAAUUAUUUCGGAUUGGGCUUUAAAGAGUUACUUGAGGUUGAAACGGUACAAAGGCUUGUUAUUUAUUAUAAAGAUUACAGUAUAGCAGAUUUAGAAAAAUCUUUUGAAUAUUUUAAUGAUGAUUUUUUACAAAUACAAGAUAAGGUAUUGUUUUCUUUGUCUAAUUUAGUAGAUGAAUUUAAUAUUUUUAGUUGUUUACAAGAAAAAGAAAAUAUAGAAUUUUUAAAUAAGCUUUUUACAGAUAAUAAAAUAAAGUAUAAAGAAAUUAUUCUUACUUUUUUACAAGAAAAGUACAGUUAUAAUUCACUGGUUAAAAUUACCGAUGAAAAUUUGUAUGUAAAUAUUAUUUUAGCAAUGUAUAAAGAAUAUAAAGAAGUAGAUCAAUUUAUUAAAACUGUAUUUGUUAGUGUUUUUAAAGGUUUAGAUAUCAAUUAUGAAUAUUUUGUAAAUUCUUUAGAUUGUGUUACUAGUAGAUCAACUGAUUUAUAUGAAUUUUCUGGUAUUAUUUACAAUUUUAUUUCUGAAAAAGAGAUGUAUGAACAACAAUUACGAAAAACUUUAUGUUUUAGAUUAAUUAAUAAUAUUACAACUGUUGAAGAGGAAGAAAAAUUUAUUAAUUUGUACAAAGUAAAUGCAGGUGAUGUUUAUUCUUACAAAAUGUUGAAUAUUUUAGAAGAUUUUAAAAAAAGAAUAAUUUUUAAUAAUUCAGAAAUUAUGAUGAUAAGAAAAUUUCAGUGGGCAGAGUUUGAAAAUACAAAUGUUUUUUUAAAAUCUCUAGAUAAUUUAAAAAAGAAAUAUGAAGAUGAAAUUGCGAAAUUUGAACGCAAAAAAAUAAUUUGGAUGGAUUUAUUAAGUUCUGUAGAUGUAGAAAUAUUUAAUAAGAAUUUUACCUUAAGUCUUUUACAAUACAAAAUAUUACUAAAUUUAAAUAAUAAAGAAUAUAUUAGAAAUUUAGAUUAUUUACAUAAGAAAGAGUUAAAUAUAUUAUUGGAAUACAAGUUGGUUGUUUUAAAGGAUGACAAUUUUUAUUUAAAUGAGGAUUGUGAGGGAUGUUGUCUUAACAUUAAUAAACAUUCAAUUGUUAAAAAUAAAUCUGAAUUCUCUACUGAAUUAACGAGAGAUUGUACAUCAGAAGUUCUAGACAGUAAAAUUAUGUUACAACUAAAGAAGAACAAGACCCUAAAAAUUAGUCAAUUAAAUUCUCUUGCGGAGCAAAAUAGAAUUUUUGAGAGGCUGGAUAUUUUAGAAAAAAAAGGAUUUUGCAAAAUUGAAGAGGAUACGGUAUCUUAUUGUCCUUAA